AUGGCGGCAUGCCAGCGGGGCAACCAAACAAUAAGGAGGCCUACUCUAGAACUCCUGUACAGGCUGAUACAGCUUCAACCAAAGGUUUUUUCUGACCUCCAAACAAUUUUAAUAAGGAUCACCCGAAACUCUACUGACUGGUUCUCAUCUUCUAAGUUUGUGGAAUCUGAACAACAUGUCAGACGAGGUACACCGCCAAUCCUCGAAUCGCAUAACAACCUAAUCUUUACUCAGGGUGCCUCCCCCCGUGAACUCAUCGUCGAAGCCUGCCGGCGAGACCAGCCUCAUCUGAUAGAACAAGUUCUUGAUUCAUUCGAAGGGAGAUCAAAUGAAGAGGUUGCCGAAAUUUUCAACAACGUCACAGACGCAAUGGGCAACCACGCUCUUCAUAUCUGUGCCCAAUACGGAAGCUAUGACACGAUGGACGCGCUUUUCGACAUCCAAUUCUUCGAAUGCGAUCCCCUCACCCGUCUAGACAGCGACACUCCCCUGCACGUUGCAGUGCGGUACGCAAUGGAGAAAGACGCCGAGUUAGGUGCAGAGAUGAUCAAGAUGAUGUGCGAGGCUGGGUGUGACCCACGAGUAAGGAAUAAGCAUGGACAGAAGCCGGCGGAUUUGGUCUAUAACAACCAGGAUAUCAAGACGACGCUGCAGCAGGCGGAGUACGUUCUUGCGGAGGGUUUGAGAAAUGAGGACCUCGCUGAUGGGGAUGAGGGAAGUGCUAGCGAUAGCGACUAG